GCGAGAAGCGACGGGGGCGGUUGGGCUGUGGGGCUCGCAGGCAGCAGGGCGAGGCGCGGCGCGGCGGCCACCGGGCCCCGGAUGUGGCCUGGUGUCUUAUUUCUGCAUCAUGUUCUGAAGACAGAAUCGCUGGCUGCUUCCUGAGCCUUCAGACGGCAUUUUUCUCUGAGACACCGCUACAAAGAGCAGGUUGCAGCAGAGGGACCGCAAGUUCCACAGGAGAAUUUGUGAUCAGCCGCCGGCAGGAUCUCAGCUGACAGCGGCUGGCGAUACGCGAUCGCCUACCCGAAGCCUUUAAAACAACUAGUCUGCGAUAAUGCCAAGGUGAAGGUGCCUUUCUGCGCUCACCCUGAUUCAGGGUAAGUCACACUGAGACUUACCAAAUGCAAAUGUCCAGUUUGCUCCUAUCGGAAAAGAGAGGGAGAAGGCCAGCAAGGAUGAUUAGAGGUGUGAAAAGGCCUCCUUCCAAGGAGUGACUAAACAGAUGAGGAUCUUCAACACAGAAAAAAAGAUGUGAGGGGGACUGCGAGAGAGGUACGAAGAAAGGGAAGAGGGAGCAGUGAUUUCCCGUCUUUCGUGAUAAUAGCACUAGGAGGGCUAAACUAACUUACUAGGCAACAAGUCCAGAAUGAACCAAAAGCAGUAUUUUUGUCAUGCAACCAAUGUUAUUAAAUUGGGAGUCUUACUGACAUAAGAGGUGGGUGCCAAAAUUAGAUGAGUUCAAAGACCUCGUUGAAGAAGUCUGCCCUGGCAAUGCUGUACCAACAGGAAGCCUUUCCUCAGGCUCAGAGCGCCAGGAGGGUGAUGCUGGAGAAAGCGUGGGUACGUAUUUGCCCUCUUCCUCAGUUGUUCCCUGUUCAGGAGCAGGAAUUGCUCUUGAUCGCUGUAUUACCAAGUAUGGGGCUAAAGGGGUGUUAGUCUGGCCCACUGCAGCUCUUCUUAGGUUCGUGCAUGAUUUUGUCAAACAUUGGCCUUGCAGGCUUCAAGCCCUGCUGUCUACAGGCUUUGCUUCCAUUACAUUUUUUUUUUUUUAAUGUUGAAUUUGUACCUCACAUAACUCAUUUCAGACUGCUGCACUUCAUCACGUGCAGAGCGGACUGCGCUGGCACGCUCAGCAGGUGGGCAAAGCAAGCCUUGCCAGGUGACCUCACUUCAUUACAAUCCGUGUUCCAGUGGCCGGACUGAAGUGCCCCCGAAAGGGCAAUUUCGUUUUGGCUGAACUAACAACUUCAGCUGAAAAUCAUUAAAGAGCUAGGGCUACUUGUUCUUGAAGGAAGCAGUAGGUUCGUGAUUCGCAAGUCUGCCCGAGGCGAUGACGUUAACGUAAGGUUAAAACUCCAACCGCGCACAUAAUUUCAUUCUUAAAAGGCAUCUGAUGUAACCAGUUUGAGUCACAUUUUUUGUAUGCAAAAGAUAGCACAUUUGUUUGAGUUUUUCUAAUGAAGAUGUCAGAAGAAUCAAGAAUCAGAACACAGAUAAUCUCCCUUAGAGCUAUUAAAUGCCCUCUGCUCCCUUGGAGCUAUCGAAUACUAAUUAUUAAUAUUUGUAUUUAAUCUUAGCUUUCCUCUGAGGCUCCCAGAGCCCUUAGGAAAUAUUGCUGUUUGCAGCAGCAUUGUAAGUGCUGAUUUGAGUUUUCCUCAUCCCAAGAGGCCCUUUUUGAGCUCAGCACCCUCAUGUUGGGUUUUGGCCAAGCGCACAGGCAGGUCCAGCCUCCAACUGCUGAUGGGGCAGAUAGACAUGGCGUGGUGGUGGGGGGGGGGAAAUGGGCACAGAGGCAAACAUCCAGUUCAAGGCCACACAGCGGGUUGUCGCCGAAGGAGAAAUGGGCACUAGCUCUUUCCGCCUCCUGGCGAUGAAGGGCUUGCACGCUAGCGCAGUGCUUAGCCCCGUGUCCUAAGGCUUAGUCCAAGGAGGAGUGAGGCUGCGAGGAGGUUGCCCUGAUUCCCCUCCUUGCCUUUGUCAGCCACCUGAGAUAUUCUGGUGCUUUGCCGUAUCUGCAAAACCACCUGCAUCUUUGACAGACUUUCAGACCUAAUUACUGGUUUAUCCAUAGGCAAGAUGUUUUUAGUUAAAAUAGCCAUUUUCUACCUUUUCUUCUGUGAUGUUUCUCCAGGUGUUCGCUAAUGAGUGUUAAUGUGUGGGUAUCUCUUAAUCUCAUAUCUUCACUGUAGUUAUUUCUCUUACACUGGCUUCACCUCCCUGACUCAGGUUUUAGCUGUGUUUUCAGAACUGCCAAGCUCGUAAUUCAUACCGGCUCUGAAACACGAGGUCCUUUCACUGUUUGCUGAUGUUCACUUUUUUUUAUUUUGCUUUUUCUUCACAAGCUGAAUCUGAUGCUCAGAAAGUGAGCUCUCUCCAGCUGCAAAGAUGGUAAUAAAUGUCUGUCUCCCACAGUUCAAGCCAAGAAUUCAUUGCAACAAGAUUUCUGCUGAUGGUUACGAAGUUGAGAAUCUCAUCUCUGAAGACCUUGCCAGGAGAAAUCGUGGUUUCCGCAGCGAGUACUUUAUCAAGCCUCCAGUCCACAUCACUAUCUCUUUUCCCUUCAACAUUGAGAUCUGCAGGAUUAAUAUCGACAUCUCAUCUGGGGGAUACCAAACCUUCACUGGGCUUGAAGUUUACACCUCUACCUCAUGCAACAAAACUUCUUGGCAGAGCCCCGAGGGUCAAUUCUCAGGUCUGGCCGGUCAGCCUGUGUCGGACAAAGACGCUUUCACGCUGGUGGGCAAAGCUGUCCUAAAAAAUCAAAGCAAAGUGACGUUUGGCCACAGAGGCUUCAAGCCGAGGCCUCCCUUCCAUCAGAUGGAAAAUGUCCUCUCCUAUCCUGGUUCUGCAUCUCAAGACCUCUGGAACAAAGGGCCUGCCUCGCUAAGCAACGUGUCACACUUAAAAAUCUGCAUCACCCACGUGGCCGGUGGCGGCCUACCUUGCAUCAAGAGGCUGGAGGUGUGGGGGCAGCCUGCGAAGUCGUGCCCGCAGGAAGUGAUUGAAGGUGUGCUUCAGGUGGCCUCCCAGUGCUUCGCCCAGGACGUCGGCAGCCUCAAGCCAGAGCUCUGGACGCCAAUGGAGAGCGACUGCGUGCCCUUUAGCACCAAUGACAGCGAGCAGCAGACCCUCCGCAAGCUGGUGGACGUCGUCCAAGAUAUCCCCGAAGAAUUCCUGGAUCCCAUCACUCUGGAGAUCAUGACCUUCCCCAUGCUCCUGCCUUCGGGGAAGGUGAUCGACCAGAGCACCUUGGAAAAAUGCAACCGGAGCGAGGCCUCCUGGGGCAGGGUACCCAGCGAUCCUUUCACUGGGGUGGCCUUCAGCCAGCACUCGCAGCCCCUACCUCACCCUACCCUCAAGGCCAGGAUAGACCACUUCCUCUUACAGCACAGCAUCCCUGGCACCAACCUCCUUGGGAGGGCUCAUGCCUCAGAAAUGCUCACACCUUCUUCCAUAACAAUGUCUUCUCUGAAAAGAAAAAUGGACUGUAUGGAUCAAAGCUCUGUGCAGCCACCGUAUUUUUCUUCUACAAACUUACUUGUCACGUCUACCUCAGAGAACAGUGCUAAAAAAAUGAAAACUGACAGUGACUCACACUUGAUCCAAAUGGACUGUUCAACAGAUCUGGUCUCUCAUGAACAAAGACUGUCAGAAAGUUUGGACACGGCCUUGAACUCUGCGCUCAGCUCGAUGCCGUCGUUUACGGCAAAGUUGAUGAGGGGUCAGCAGCAGGCGCACAGCGAGGGAGGCUGCAGUAGUUCGUGGAACGCAGGCACCGUCCUCGAGCACGGGAGGAGCAGCCAGACCCAGGGAUGCGCUUCCUGCUCCAAAACCUUCUCCUCUUACUUCAAAACGGAGCCAGUCUACCAGCUUCCCUGUGGCCACCUCAUGUGUCGCCCGUGCUUAGCCGAGAAGCAGAAGUCCUUAUCGAUACUGUGCGAGAGCUGUAAAAGGUCGGUCGCCACCCACGACGUGAGGAGGGUUCACUUCUAAGGCUUCGGCUACCAGAGCCUGCCGGGAGGACGAGACCGGGAGCCGCUGCUAUUCCAUUUGUCCGUACUGAUUAUACGAGGAUGAAGGCCUUUCGAGAGCUUGCCAGAUGAGCACCCGUGACUGAGGAGAGGACUUGGUCUUCUUGUGCUUACCGAGUAGUGGGGGGGAGGGGGGUUAGAGCAUCACGCCUGAGCAAAGCGGUCUGAGGAUAAUAAAAGCCAUAGCUUCUUUAACAAGGAAUAUGUAUUUAUACGGAAUGAUUUCCACCCGUCACACCUGCCCUCUUACCACACUCCCAGUGGCUCAGUGGUUAGCAUAGGUGCCUUUUUGGACUGUGAGUUUAGCUUCCCUGUGAGUUCAAACCGUUUCAAUAUUUGAUGAGCAGCCAUUCGGUCACGGACCGGGUGAAGUCCCUGCGAUUGACAACACGCAAGCUACCUGACUUCUCCCCUUGGCCACCCCUCUGCCCUCCUCGCUGGGCUGCAGGAGCACAUCCGGCAUCGUGCCGGAGUCCCGUUAAGUCCUGAAGAGAAGCCAUGGUCAAUGGGCCGAGUUCCUGGCAGCGAUCUCAUUCUGCUCAUACCAACUCUGUAGAAAAGCCAUUGCAUUACACAACAUGUCACUCUCAGUUUAUGUCGUGUGACUGGACCAGCUCCCGUCUGGCUGAUAGACAUUUAAGCCUUAAUAAAAUUAUGGUUAAAGUCAGGUUCGCUUUCUGACUCGUAA